UCCCCCCCUUUCCUGGGCUCAAGGAGAGUUUUUCUCCCUCGCCCCCGCCCGCCCGCUUUCGUCUUUCCCCCCGGUGGCAAAGGAGGGGCGGGGAAGGGCGGGAGGGGGGACCGGUUCGCCCGGGGGAUCCCCAUGUCCGCGGCGGGUGACCUGCGCGGCUCGGCCGCCGGCCCCGGCGCUGCCGCGGAUUACCGCACCUCCGCGCCCCUGCAGCGGCCGGGCGGCCGCGGGUAGUGCCCGCCGCCGGCGCGGUCCCUUGCGGGGCCAGCCAUGGAGGCCGGCGCCCCGCCAGACCUCCGCGACGUCGAGCAGAAAAUGGGGCGCAAAGUGCCGGAGAGCCUGGCGCGGCCCUUGCGCGGGGAGGAGCUCCCGGGACGCCCCGCUGCUGCCGACGCCGCGGCCCCCGGACCCCGCCGCCGCCGCGCCGCCGCCCUGGCCAGGCUGGAGACGAAACUUCACCUCCUGAGGCAGGAGAUGGUUAAUCUCCGAGCCACUGAUGUGAAGCUUAUGCGUCAGCUACUCAUCAUCAAUGAAAGUAUUGAAUCAAUCAAGUGGAUGAUUGAAGAGAAGGGCAUUGCAAGCAGAGGCAGCAGUUUGAGUGGCAGCCUGUGCAGCUUGCUGGAAAGUCAGGAGACCUCGCUCCACGGCAGCUGCAACAGUUUACAAGACUGUAGUGAUGGACUGGAUGGAAUAUCAGUGGGGAGUUACUUGGACACCUUAGUAGAUGAUGUCCCUGGUCACCAAACCCCUUCAGAUAUGGACCAGUUCAGUGAUUCUUCUAUUUUGGAGGACUCACAGCCUCUGCAUAAGCAUCCCAAAAUUGAUUCUGAUGAGUACUACUGUUUUGGUUAAUAAAAACAAGUUCCAAUGGGACACAAAUGCACUUGUAUUUAUCCUUUUUCUUUGCUGCUAUUUUAUUUCGUGUGCAAACCCCUCAAACUUCUCUUGGAAGAAAAACAUAAUAUGAUACUUUGAUUCCACUUCAUAACUGUUCUUUUGCUUCUAAUACAUUUUCUCCUUGGUGGGUUGGGCUUUCCUCCUCCUUACCUUUUCUUUUUUUUUGUUAAUUUAUUGUUGCAAUUCUUUUUUGUUGUUGUUUUAAUUUUUUACAAUGCUGUAUUUACAGGUCUUUAGAAGUGGUGAAGGAAAAGCUUUAUCUUUAUAAUAAGACAUCAGGGAACGAGAGCAACAAUUGUGGUUUGUUGGCAAUAAAAUUCCUUCUGAUAAAUA